GGUGACGUCAGUAAGAAGCGACUCGGACUCACAAAAGUGGGAGAUUCGAAGUAGCUGUAGCAAAACAAAGCGGAUUUAAGCGUUAUUUGUGUCAAAAAGCCGCAUCUGAUGCACUGACGCAAACUACUGGAGACUUUUACUAACCCUACUUGAUGGCCACCCCGAGCAAGACACCACCCGGCGCCGACCCGAAGCAGUUGGAGCGGACUGGGACGGUCCGGGAGAUAGGCUCCCAGGCGGUGUGGUCCCUCUCCUCCUGUAAACCCGGUUUCGGAGUGGAUCAGCUGAGGGAUGACAACCUGGAGACUUACUGGCAGUCAGACGGAUCCCAACCUCACUUAGUCAACAUACAGUUCAGGAGGAGGACGACAGUGAAGAUGCUGUGUAUUUAUGCUGAUUAUAAGUCAGACGAGAGCUACACACCCAGCAAGAUCUCGGUCAGAGUGGGCAACAACUUCCACAACUUGCAAGAGAUCAGGCAGUUAGAGAUGGUGGAGCCCAGUGGUUGGAUUCACAUCUCUCUGAUGAAUCAGCGGACAAACGAGCCGAUCAGCACCUUCAUGAUCCAGAUUGCGGUGCUGGCCAACCACCAGAACGGCAGAGACACGCACAUGCGGCAGAUCAAAGUCUACACGCCCGUGGAGGAGAGCUCCAUCGGAAAGUUCCCACGAUGCACCACGGUCGACUUCAUGAUGUACCGCACGAUCAGGUGAUCUGGACUGAAAUGUGGCCGCCUGACCUUCCGUGUGCCCCUGGAAAGUUUGGGGAUCGCACAAAACGUCCAGAACAGAGGAAAAAUGGCACAGACUGAUAUCUGGAGCUGCUGCUGGGCUCUUAUAAACAUCAGGUUUGAUUGAUUCCACAAUCGAUCAAUCUUGAACUGCGUAUCAUUAAGGUUUUGUUAAGUGUGGCUUUUUAAAAAAAAAAAUAAUAAUAAAGUAUUGAUAUUUAAAAUGAAGCUGCAAAUAUUAAAUGUAACCACAUUUAAAGAUACUGAAAAUGGGACCCGAAACAGCUUAAGUUUAUAUGUUGUGAUGUUUGAAGACUUGAAGAAGAACAAAUUCCUACUUUAACAUUUUCUUAAUGUUUAGCAACAUGUUUCCCACACAGACUUUUUGGGUCGGUUCAGAGUUUAUAAACAGUUCUGUUCAGUAUUAGAAACUCACAGUUCAAAACCCAAACUGCUGUGCCUACAAACCGUCUGUCUCCUGUUGUGGAUUUGUUACGAACGUUGAAUUAAAUGUGUUUUCAAAGCAA